UACAGUAUAGUAAAGAGUUCAGCGAGUGACAGAUUAGCAUAUAAUACAGUAGAGAACAGAGAAUGGGAAACAUAGAGAGCUACACUGGCGCGGCAUUAGUGACUGACCUGGACUGUUUCAAUCUGUCUGAGAGGUCUGGAUUUGUCCUGGAGCAGCCAGAAAUAGACCUUCCGGAGUACUACCGGGUAUGGAUGGACUUAGCCAGCAACAUCACACCCCUCAUCCAAUCACAUCAGCUCCGAGUCCUGGUUGACCAGAUGCCUGUGCUGAGUCCCUAUAACCUGAAGGGCCAUCGGGAGCUGAGGCUGGCUCACCUCGCCCUUGGUUUCCUCACAAUGGGCUACGUCUGGCAGGAGGGACAACACCUGCCCGCCAAGACUCUGCCCAAAUCCUUGGCUCUGCCCUACUCGCUGGUUUCUCAGAGACUAGGCCUGCCCCCCAUCCUGACCUAUGCAGACUCUGUUCUGGCGAAUUGGAGACUCAAGGAUCCUACAGGGGCAAUGGAGAUUGGGAACUUGGAAACCCUGUUCUCUUUUCCUGGCGGAGAAAGUUGUCAAGGGUUUUUCCUGGUUUCUCUCUUGGUGGAAAAGGCUGCUAGCGCAGGAAUAAAGGGGGCAGUUUCAGUUAUGAAGGCAGUGGCAACCUGUGACAUCAUCAGCAUACAAAAGGGCCUCUACAAAGUGAGCCAGUCUCUAAAGAAGAUGAGAAAAAUAUUUGAACUCAUGCACAGGCACGUGGACCCAACAUCAUUCCAUGGAAUUCUGAGAAUAUUUUUCUCAGGGUGGAGGGAUAACCCCAUGCUUCCAGAUGGGCUGCUGUAUGAGGGUGUGGGGGUGAAACCCAUCAUGUUGUCAGGUGGGAGCGCGGCACAGAGUCCCUCUAUUCAGUGCUUUGAUGCGCUUCUGGGUAUCUGUCAUGAGGACCAUGCAGCGUCUUUCCUGAGGCGCAUGCGAGAGUAUAUGCUGCCCUCCCACCGCCAGCUCAUAGAGACACUGUCAAGCGGUUCCCCUCUACGUGACUUUGUCCUCUCCUGCUCGAGGCCCUCUCUCUGCAUCAACUAUGACUCCUGCGUGUCGGCGCUGGUGAACCUGCGGAGUUACCACCUCUCCGUUGUGGCCAGGUACAUUACCAUACCUGGUCAUCGUGCCCGUGCCAUGGGCUGUCCCUUCAACGGCGUUUGCUCAGCAUUGGAUGACACCGGCACAGGCGGCUCCAACACACUGCCAUUUCUAAAGAGCAUCCGUGAUUCAACCCGAAGGGCACUGAUUGCACAGCCACGACACAUCACAUAAUCAACACUAAUAUGCUACCUUUUAAUCUUCUCAAAAAGUCUACACAGACGUUUUGCAGUCUGACUUUAAAAUGUUUAAAUGUUUUAAAAAUGGCUCCAAGUGUGAGGGUAAGAUUUAUCCAUUGUAAUUUCAAGCGGUGGCAGCAUACAUGGAUAUGCUUGUAGCUGGAAGAUUAAAUGUUGGUGACAACACUGCUUCAAUCUUCUGAAUGCCUUAAACUCUGGGUUAGAGACUUUUUUCUUCGGUAAAACAAUUAUACACAUUUGAAAGAACAGUGGGGGGAGAAAAUGUUGGAUUCAUGGAUGGAUUUUCUUGAAUAGUUCAGUCUCAGUCUUGACUUAAAUCUGCUUUAAAGUAUGGACAUUUUGAGUAUGAGUAUCCAACAAUGACCCCUAAACUAAAUUUACUUUAGUGUACUGUAUUUACUGUGUGCUUGAAUGGGACAUUUACAACAACUGUUCUGUUUGACAUUAGCACUACUAAAUACAGUAGUUGAUAUUUCUGACAUAGGCCGUCCCAGUUCCAAAAUAACCUGGGGCUUUGGAGUGUGAUCACCAUUUCAGUGCCAGAGAGUCUGCUAACAUAUAUAAUCACUAGGAAGUAAAGGAUAAAGAGCCAUCAAAUACUGUUAGCCAUCACAGUUGUGCUUUAUAUGCAAGUAUAACCUAAGAACACAACUGUAUAAAAAACAUAAUAUACGUUGAAACAUAUUGCGUUGGUGAGUAUACUGGUGGUUUCUGGUAAGGAAUUGUAUAUAUCUUUGUAGGUUACAUUAAAUAAUGAAUUCAGUGGUUGAAUAAAUAAACCACAUGGGUUUACAAGACUUGUCUUUAUCUGAACGUUUAGACCUGUGACCGAUUCCCCCUACAAAGUUUAAAGAAACAGAAUUUUAACAGAGAAUAAUAUUUCAAUACUAAAAUGCUAGAUUUAAAAAAUCAUGUUUGCUUUGCCACAGACAUUUUCCCACUGCAUUUGUUAACUUAAACACUGGAAAUGUUAUGAACAACCAUGUGCCUGGCCAGAAGUUGCAUCCAAGAGCAAAGUCAAACAAUUAUUAUAUAUUCAAGGCUAAGACUAACAUAGAAUAUAUAGUCCAUACACAGCAAAUAUGUACUGUAUAUUUAAAUAUAAUUUAAUAUAAUUUCCAAAAUCCGAUCACCUUAUCUCAAAAGCCAGAAAUGGUUACUGUAGGAUGUAAUGAUUAUCUCUCUACAUUAGUGGCCACAGCACUGGGUUAGCUGGGUUAAAAGUAUUGAAACUGAAUGGUUCUGUGAUGUGUAGAGGAGCCUAACAGGAUGGGACGUUGCUGUUGCCAUAGCAAAUCUUUCACUGCUGUGGUAUACUGCAGUAGGCUUUGCGGCUCAGCAAUGCUUCUCAAUUGAAAAUUGAAAGUUAUCCAGGAGGCUUUUUUCACAUGA